AACCUUUUGUAAUAGGAAAAGACUUGUAAAAGGACUCAAAAGUUUAAAAAGAAAAAAGUUGGAUCCAGCCAAAUUCCAGCUCCAAUUUGUAACUCACUGCUUCAGGCAUUUCUGGCACAAUUUUUUCCACCUUUAUUUCAACUUUAAGACUCCACAGAAAGAAGCAUAUUCCUGAGUCAAAUAGUUCUGUCCAUAUAGAAUUUGUGAAGUGAGAGUCCAACCUUUCAUUUUCAAUUUUCAAAGAUGCCUCGUGGAACACUUGAAGUUGUUCUGAUCAGCGCCAAAGGAAUCGAUGACAAUGAUUUUCUCUCCAGCAUAGAUCCUUAUGUGAUUCUCACAUACAGGGCACAGGAGAAAAAGAGCACUGUGCAAGAAGAUGCUGGAUCCAAGCCACAAUGGAAUGAGAGCUUUCUUUUCACUGUCUCUGACAGUGCUUCUGAACUUAAUCUGAAGAUAAUGGAUAAAGACAACUUUAGUCAAGAUGAUUGUCUUGGCGAGGCAACCAUUCAUUUAGAUCCAGUGUUUGAAGCCGGUAGCAUUCCAGAAACUGCUUACAAGGUUGUGAAGGACGAAGAAUAUUGUGGUGAGAUUAAGGUGGCUCUCACUUUCACUGCUGAGAGAAAUGAGGAGCAGGGUUAUGAUGCACCUGAAGAGAGCUAUGGUGGAUGGAAAGAAUCCAGUGGGGAAUAUUAAAGUGAAAGAAGAAUUUACAUACUUCAAUGGCCAGACUUACCUUUAUAAUGAAAAAUAAGCAGUUUUGGUGUCACUUUUAGGCAAUUUCCAUUAUUGUGUUUUCUGGUGUGAAGAUCCAAUAGUGUUGUGCUUUUAGGUUGCAUUCCUCCCUUUGGAUAUUAAAGUACAUUAUGCUUGAUAUAUUAUCUUUUAUGCGUCAGUUAAACAUUAGAAGAGCAGUGCUAUUUUAUUUUGUUUGAAGUUAUUA